AUGCCUAUGUGGUCUAAUCAGGAAAAAAUCCCCGUUUUGCUAAUAUCAAAUAUUUACUACGGCCUGCAUUUUGCUAUCCAAAUACUUAUCGACCUGUUAGUAUCACCUCAACAUUUGCAGAACUUUGAUGUCAUCUAUUUUAAUUUUCAAAAAACUUUCGACAAAGUAAUCCCUUCUAUUUUGCUUCACAAACUCAUGCAAGUUGGCAUUCACGAGAGAAUCAUCAAAUGGAUAAAAGAAUUCUUGAGUGAGCGAACUUUCCAAGUUAGAAUCGGUACUUCACUGUCUAAAGUUCGAGAAUGCUCCAAAUGGGGUUCCCCAAGGCAGCGUCCUAUCUCCAGUAUUAUUCAAUAUUUACACAUUUCGAUCUGCCGCCUUCAGUCGAGAAGUUAG